ACGUAACGGAGCUUGCAACAGGACAGAUGCUGCUCAUCUCUUUCAUUCUUUCUCACGCCCUCUCUCCUGGUUCGGUUAGAUUAAAUUAUAUAUUAUUAUUAUUUUAGGGCAGAAACGAUUCAUCGAGUACCUCGAUUACCAAAAAAUGAUCCAGAAAUUUUCUCUGCCUCGGGUACUCGUUUAUUUAAUUGUAAAGGUCAAGUCAUGGUUUCGCACUGAUUAUUUUCAAUGUGACACACUGCGCUUACGCCACCGACGUUGUGUUUGCGGAGCGGGAAAAAUGGAAGAUGAGAAGGGAAAUCAUGAGAAAACCAGGAAGAAAAAACGACCAAAAAUGUCGAAGCGCAUCACAACGGCCACCGGACUGCUUUGGCCGCCCAGCUCUGUCAUGCACCGUUGAAGAAGCCGCCUUGCUCACAGACAGCAUUUUGAAAAUGCUCGUCACUGACAUGCGCCCACUGUCUAUGGUGGAAGAUGAGGGAUUCAAAAAGAUGAUUUCGGCUUUCAACCCAAAAUACAGCAUGCCGGCCAGAUCUCAUUUCACAAGUCUGAUGGAAAAGAAGCACCAACAAAUAACAGAGAAACUGAAAACAGUCCUUCAGGACACGGAGAGUGUAGCAUUGACUACAGACGUCUGGACUAGUGUGGCUACGGAGAGCUAUCUCAGAGUGGCCUGUCACUUUGUGGGGGAAGAUUGGCAGAUGAAGUCCUUCUCUCUAACAACAGGGCCUCUCAAAGAGAAUCACACAGCUGCUGAUAUUGCAGACUUGCUGGAGGAGACCACUGACAAAUUUCAUAUCCCCUUCCCAAAGGUGAAGGCGGUUGUCCAUGACAACGGGGCCUCUGUAGUUGCAGCAGCAGCCAUUUUGAAGGAGAGGCACGGCUGGGCUUCUGUGAGAUGCUCCGGGUACGUUCUGAACUCGGUUGUCCAGAGCACGCUGAAAAACAGUCAAACCAUUGCUAAUUGUGUGGCUUCUGCGAGAACCCUGGUCGAACACUUCAAGAAGAGUGAGGUGGCCUGUGCCAAACUUCAAGAAAUGCAGAAACAAAUGGGAAUGCCACCACUGAUGUUGAUUCGCGAUGUAAGUACGAGGUGGAACGGCACAUAUCACAUGCUGUCCAGGCUCCUUGGACAAAGAUGGCCCGUGGCUGCGGCUCUUUCUGAUCUUGCAGUCAAUCCAAAUGGCAAACAACUCCACCUGGAUCUUAAGCAAGAGCAGUGGAACCUCAGUGAGGAGCUGACCCGAGUUCUCGGGCCAUUCGUAAGUGUGACAGAGUUUCUGCACGGGGAACAAUAUGUCACUCUCUCUUCUCUUCCACAGCUGGUGCACAACCUCAAGAAGGCAACACUGAGUUCAACAUUUGAAAGUGAUUCAGUAAAGGAAUUCCAAGCCCAGGUGAUAGAACAGAUCGCGGAGAGAUGGCAAAAAUUGUUUUCUUUUCAGCCUGAGGCUCCUAACACCGUCCUCCUGGCUGCCGCCUUGGACCCACGCUUUCGAAAACUCAAGUUCUUGCCUGCUGAAGAUGUGUUCAAGGUCCAAAGUAAAAUCCAAUCCAUGGCUCUAGCGGUCAUAAAGGAAGAAAGACAGUCCAAUGAAAGUGGAAACCAAGCCGCCGCCACGUUAGAAAGCCGUUUUGCGCCAAAGGACGGAUCGUUCACCAACACUAUUCUGGGAUCAUCGUCAGACUCUGACAACAGCGAUGAGGAGGACGAGGAUAAGCAGCAAAGUCACACAGUGCAGAAGGAAGUCUUGCAGUACUUUGGAGAACUUCCGCUCUCCAAGAAGGACAAUCCACUGCUAUGGUGGAGAACUAACGCAACUCGAUAUCCCACCCUGGCAAAGCUGGCCAAGUCUUUUUUGGGUAUUCCAGCAACACUGACGCCGUCGGAGCGUUUGUUCUUUGCUACUGGGAACAUCGCCUCGAGACGGAGGGCCAGUCUUAGUUCUGAGCAUGUGGAUAUGUUGACUUUUCUCCAUUGUAAUCAUGGACUUUUGUAAAUGUGUCAAGAAAAGCUCGCAACUCUGUCUAGUUUGUUUUGUGAAUAUGGCGCGUUAACACUACAAGUGGCCUAGUAUCUAUUUUUUUAUUUAUAUACAUUUGCUCUGUGUACAGUUAAAUGUCACUUUUAUUUAUUUUGUUUUUUUGCUGACUUUUUUGUUCAUUCUUGCAUGAAAUGCACAAGUGGCCAAUUUGAAUGAAAAGGGAUUCAUUUUGGAGCCUGGAAUAGAUUGCGUUUUUUUUCUUUCAGGAAUAAAUUGGUUUUGUCUAUUUAA